CGGGCGCGUCCCGGUGACUCAGCCCUUGCCAGGAAGGGGGAGUCACCCUGCUCUCCAGGGCUCCCAGACAGCAACUUGAUCGGGCCUCGCUCCCUGCGUGCCAGGCCAGGCCCCCGCAGCAGGCAGCCCUGCCCCGGGAGCGGGACCCCCUCCUCCCGGCCCUGGGCCCCCUCUUCCAGCCGCAGCCACCUGGGCUCAUCGCGGGGACGCGGCCGCGGGUGGCGAGAGCUUGGUGGGCCCCGUGGAGGCCACGGCGGUCCCGGCCGCGACGGCGCCGCGAGGACCUUCGAGUGCUGUCCCGAGCCGAUGUCCCAGGUGAGUGGCCAGCCCUCCCCUCACUGCGACGCGCCCCAUGGAGCCCCCAGCGCAGCUCCGGGCCCAGGUAGGACCGGGAUGGAGAGCGAGGCUGGACGAGAGCGGGCCCAGACCGCAUCCCUCCUACCUGGGCUGGAGGUAGUAACAGGAUCCACUCACCCUGCGGAGGCAGCGCUAGAGGAGGGCUCCCUGGAGGAGGCGGCACCCUCCAUGCCCCAAGGCAACGGUCCUGGGGCCCCCCAGGCCCUGGACAGCACUGACCUCGAUGUCCCCACAGAAGCUGUGACACGCCAGCCUCAGGGGAGCCCCUUGAGCUGCACCCCACUAGUGGCAAAUGGCUCUGGCCAUCCCUCGGAGCUGGGCAGCGCCAGGCGGGCGGGGAACGGUGCCCUGGGUGGCCCCAAGGCCCACCGGAAGUUGCAGACGCACCCGUCUCUCGCCAGCCAGGGCAGCAAGAAGAGUAAGACCAGCAGCAAAUCGGCGGCCUCCCAGAUCCCUCUCCAGGCACAGGAAGACUGCUGCGUCCACUGCAUCCUGUCCUGCCUCUUCUGCGAGUUCCUGACUCUGUGCAACAUCGUCCUGGACUGCGCCACGUGCGGCUCCUGCAGCUCCGAGGACUCGUGCCUCUGCUGCUGCUGCUGCGGCUCUGGCGAGUGUGCCGACUGCGACCUGCCCUGCGACCUGGACUGCGGCAUCCUGGACGCCUGCUGCGAGUCGGCCGACUGCCUGGAGAUCUGCAUGGAGUGCUGUGGGCUCUGCUUCUCCUCCUGACCGGCAGGGCGGCCCCAGGCUGUCGCACAAAGCUUGAUCACCCCUUCCCCUGGUCUUCUCCCACCCUCCCAGGGCCCUCUCAGAACCCCAGCCCGUGAGAAGGGGGCGCUCGGGGGCACCUCAGUCACGGGAGCUGGGCCCGCUGCAGAGAGCCGGUCCUCCUCCCUGGUUACCAGGGCCACGUGGCACCGAGGACCUGGCGGCGAGGGCUGGGGUGGGGGCCGCUCCUGGGCCAGCUGCCAGGGCUGCAGAACACUGUGAAAGUUGGAGGGGGCGUGCAGGAACGUGGAGAGGCAGGGAUGCCGGAGCUGUGCGCUUCUCUACCUCCCGCUGCUCCUGGCUCCCGCCGCCCCUGAUCCGCAGGCUUAGAGGACAGCAAAAUGUGAAAAGAGACCCCCACCCCGCCCUCAGCCAAGCCCCUCCCUGUCUCCUUUCCUGGCCUCUUGUGGGGGCCUGACCUAUACAGUGACCCCAGAGGGUGCUGGGCUUGGGCCUAGGGCAGGGCAGGAGGGGGAACGGUAUGGAAAAGACUGGAAGGGGAGAGGGAGGGAAUGGAGGGAGGGUCUGAUCUAUUUGUUGCUGUAAAUAA